GAUGACGCCAGAAGAGAUGAAGUUCGACCCCGAGGGUGUGGGGCAACCUUGUGCCCUGACUUGGCCUCUCCUGGUGGAGGAUGUGGAGGAGCCCCGGGUCUUAGCCCUUCCCCUGAAGCGCAGGCUUGGAGGCUUUAUGGUUGCCCUCCCGGCCUACCUGGGCCCGUCUCUUGCAGAGGACGCUGCCUCGGAGCAGCCUCUGGACAUGCUGGGGUUGUCGACGAUUGUGUCGGUCCCCGCCGUCGAAGAAGACGAGCAGGGCAACGAGCUGCCAGUGGGCCUAGAGUGUUCGGUGCUUCUUUUGGAUGCCGACGACGGCCUCUCAGAGAGGAUGGUGCCCUACGACCCCGUGACGGAUCUAGAUGUGGUUUCCUUCGUGCCCGGCUCCUCCCAGCUUGUGCCAGAGCCGGAGGCCCUGCAGCGUGCAGCCACCGAUUGGGUAGAAGGGGCAGCCUCCGAGAAGCUAGGGUUUUACACGGCGGCCGAAGAGCUGCCGGAAGACUCGGCGGCCCCGGUCGUGCAGGCCCCCAAGAGGCAAGCCAUGCCAAAGAAGCGCGUGACGGUGAGCCAGCUUUCCGAGCAGGUCACGGCCCUGACUGGUGUUUUGCCGGGCCUGGUGGAGCAAAUGAAGAGCCUGGUGGAAAGGCAGAACCAGCUGGAGAAGGCUGCCCCGGUGCCCCAGCUGGAAAAGGCCGCCCCAGCACUUCUUCCUGCAAAAGCUCCCGUGCCCGUGCAUCAGCAGCCUUUCCCGCAAGCAGGUGCCCAGGCAGCAGGUUCUUUAGGCAUCUUGGCAAAGAGCCUCCCGGCCCCUUCCAAGCUCGCCCCUGCUCUGGCUCCCCCUCCUCUGCCGGCCCCUUCUGCCGCGAAGCCGUCCCCGCUAGCAACCGCCGCCGACUCUGCCUCAGGAGACGCCAAGGCGUUGCGAGUCCUUAGACUUGGGGAGCUCCUCGAGACUUCAGUGAGCGGAAAGGGCUCUGCCAAGAGGGAGCGCCUGCAGCAAGACCUAGCCGCUGGCUCCUCGACGUUUUUCUUGCAGGUCUGCCAGGAGGCCCACCGACGCCUUCACCCCGCCUUGCCGGUGCCCACCUCCAUGGAGGAUAUGCGUGCGCAGGGCCGGCUGUCCCUGGUCUCCUACCUGGAGAGGCAAGGGCGCUAUGCCCAGCAGCGGGGAAGCGGGCUGAUAAUGUUGACGCUGGCCACCAUCGGCGACUGCUUCCUGAGAGGCGACACUCACGCCGCAAUGGAGCACCUCGGGCUAGCCCUUGCAGCCACGGAGCAGUCCUGCACAGACAACGGCAGGGGUCAGGCAGCCAACACUCGCCUCCGGGCGUUCUCUCGCUUCUGUGACGCUGGCUUACGUGAGGAGGUGGACCUCCUUUCGCAAAGGCGCAAAGACGCAGUGCAGCCCAGCCGGGCGACAGGCGAGACAGAGGAGGCAGGAGGCGACGAGGCAAAGCCCAAGAAGCAAAGGCCCCGCAGCUCUAGCAGCAGUGCCGUGCAUGAAGGCAGCCGUGCCCGUUUUGAGGCGGCGGGCCGUGGUUGCAGAGGGCGCCUUUUGCAUAUCCUGGUGAUGGCCCUGAACUUUCUCCACCAGGCCCGUUGCCUGUCCUACCUCGGGGGCCUUGUCAGGACAUACGGUAGCGAGCAGGUCCGCGAGGCGACGGGAGAGUUCACCGAGCCGGGCUUGCACAACAUGAAUUCGACCGAGAAGGCCUUUGCUGGGUCGCCUGCUCUCCUCGACCUUUACCGCCGCCUUGGCAAUCCCUCGGAAACCCUAGGAGUUUCAGCUUGCCGCUGCUCUGGCCCGGUUGCGAUUGCGGACGUGGCCGCGCCCUAUGCUGACCGCCUCUACGCUACAGAUGCCUCCGAGAGGAAAGGGGCCUGUGUCUCGGCACCUUUGCCCGAGCACCUGCGCAGAAUCCUUUGGGCCACGGCGGAUAGAAAGGGGGCCUAUGCCCGUAUUUGCUCCCCUGCUCAGGCCCUGCUUCGCCGGGCCGACCCGAUGUUUGAGGAGAAGGCUGAGGUGACCCAGGUGGCUCCAGAGCGCCCCCUUGCUUUCCUCUUUGAUUUCUUUGGCAUAGGCUCGUGGGCCGGGCAGGUACUGAGUGAGGUCAGAGACAGGGGCUGGGUCGUUGGCCCUCUGAUUGCUAGCACCGUCUCCCCGCACUUUUGCCUUAGCCUCCCUCGCCUCUUGGAUUGGGUCUUCUAUCUCAUUGACGAGGACCGCGUGCGAGCCAUCUACAUUGCCAUCCCUUUUGAGGCGAGCCUGACCUCGCUCCGCCACAGCCUCGCAGUGCUGUUGAAAGCUCGGGCAGCUGAUGUUGCUUUUGUGGCAGAGGCUCCCUUUUUCCUUCGUGGCCGGGCUCAGGUGUUGUGGGAGGGAGCCCGGAAAAUUCGCGGCAUAGAAGAAUGCUCGGUUGUGACCUUGCUCCCCUCGCAAAAGAAUGUCUCCCUGCUUGUGUCGGAGGUGUGUUCCACAAAGCCCUGCGUGCUAGAGCCGACCGACCAGGUUUGGCGAUGGAAAGGCCAGGUGCACAUUCUCAUCCUCGAGGCCUCUGCUCUGGCUCGCCUGUUCACCGACCUCGCGUUAAAACAGGGCCCUCUUCGGUUUGUUAACUUGUGCGACUCCCAUGUUGCAAGAGCCGCCGUCUCAAAGGGCCGCUCUGCUUCGCCUGGACUUCGGCAUGCCACCCGCCGUGCUUCUGCAGUUGCCUUGGCAGCAGGCCUCUACCACGGGGGUAUGUACUGCCCGACACGUCUCAUCCCGGCUGAUAACCCUACCCGGGAUCGCCCUUUUGAGCCGCCUGUGCUUUCGCUUGGGCCCGACUUCUGGAACGAGGAUAGGCUCCUGCUUGACGCUAGCAGGCCACGCUUGCGCAGGUGGGCGGCGAACUGGGCCCGGCUGGUCUUCGCCCUGACACCCUCAGCUGCCGAUGUUCUGCUCCAGCCUGACUGGGCCGCCAAGCUGCCUGUGGACUUCUUUCCUCGCUUUUGGAUUUCUGUAGGAAGACCCGUCGCCGCCAUGGAAGCUGCCAGAGCUCGGAAGACCGAGACACAGAGGAGUGGCUUCUUCAACGCGGUCGGACCUGGGCUGGCCUCCUGGCUCUGGCCAGACAUGACGUCGAGUCCGACGACAACUACAGCCAGCUUGGGAUAUCUGUUUCGCGUGGCAGAGACAGGCCUGUUGUCAAUCUCGCUGCUCUGGGGCUGGUUUGACGUAGCAGGCAUCUUGGCCAUAUGCUGGGGGGGGCUGGCACGAGUUGGGGAAGCCAUGGCUGCCAAGAGGAGGGACCUUGUCCUCCCCGACGACGUGGGCGCAGAGUGCGGCGCGGAUGGCUCCAUGAUUCUGAUGGCGGUCAUGGAGCCGAAGACUCGGUUCAAAGCUGCACGACAUCAGUGUGUUAAGGUCGAUCAGCCCCAGCUGGUAAAGCUGAUCAGGACGGCCUUCUAUCACUUGAAGGCCGACGAGAAGCUUUGGCCGAGGUCGGGCGCCACUUUACGCGCCCGCUUCCAGAAACUCCUGGCUGCCCUAGGCAUCCCGACCAAUGCGGUGGCCAACGUCAGGGACUUUGACCUUGCCAGCCUCCGAGCAGGCGGCGCAACAUGGUUGAUGGGCUCGUCCGAGAGCCCGGACCUGGUACGCAGGCGAGGACGCUGGGUGACGUUGCGGGUUAUGGAGAUUUACAUCCAAGAGGUGGCGGCCAUGAUGUUUUUGCCGCGGCUGGAGCCAGAGCUGCGUCAGCAUAUUUUCAGCUGGGCGAACGUGUUCGAUGAGGCCCUCGACUACGUUGCCUGGUGCCAAGCCCUCAGCAUUUUGCCCAAGGCUUGGCUCUUUCUCCUUCAGCAAGGCGUCCUUCAUGCUUGA